CGACUAUUCAGCUCAAAUUGGAGUGAAAUGGUCUCCCAGAGGACAAAAUUGAACCUUAUCCUACUCAUCACUCUGUUCAUUGUCAAUAUUGAAGAUGGUGAAUCAGGAGAAUAUAUGUUUGACUUCACACUUGAUGACACAGGGACAAUAACUGUCGAUUUUUAUGGGGCCCAGUUCUCUUUAUAUAAUAAUUACACAGUUUCAGUUAGUUCUACUGGCUGUAAUUGGAUAGUUGACUUGGGCAAACCAACCAAUGAAGAGAUAAAAAAUAUGGGAGGAACUCGCCUAUGUUCCUUAGACUGUAAAAGCUGGCAUGUGUAUCCAUACGCAAGAGUUAGGCCCGACAGAAUACUUUUUAAUAAGGAGCGGUAAGGUAUGGUCGUGCGAAACGUCAUUGGAUCUACAAAGAAAAUUUCAAAAUAAUACUCCUUACUCAAUGCAUAACUAAAACAGAUCUUCAACUAUAUUCAUUCAAAUGCUCUGCCUAAAUGUUUGCAAAAACGUACACGCUUCAUUUUGUGAAUUCUCAGUGUUCCUUUUUCUCUUUCUGUAUAUUGGAACUUUUUGAAUAAAUGCAUAUUCAAAA